CGCACGGCGGGGCGGGAAGCGGCGGCAGCGCUGAGGGGAAGCGGGGCCGGGAGCGUACCGGAACGGGGGCGGACAGCACCGGUCCCCCGCCGAGGGGUGAGCCGCAGAGAGAGCCCCAGGCGGCGGCCAGGGACGGGACGUUAGGUCCGGUGGGACCCGGGGGGCGGAAGCCCGAGCCCUGUUGGCGGGGAGGGGGCGGCCCCGCCGUGGGGAGUUCUCCUCAGGGGCCAAAGUUCCCGCCCGAAGCAAGCGCGUCCCUCCCCGGCAGUUGCCGGUGCCGAAGGGUCUGAGAGAACAUUUGGGGGCAGGUGUAAGCGGCCCCAGAUUCUGCCUGGGAGUGCCCCCCGCCGCGUACCCUCACAGUUUGAAUUUGUAUUCCUCCUCUACACUUUUCUCUUAAAUUUAAAUCUUCUCCCCCCCCCCCCCCCCCGCCCCCUUACGGCUUUCUGGUUUUAGGUUACAGUUCUAGGCAGUUUCCUUCUUCCCUGUCCUUCCUACCUUUCGUCAGUCUUCUUGAAACACAGAGCCAUCGGUAACGAAACAAACAAGAAAAGCCCGCUGCUUUGACAGCAGGGCUUUUUUUAAUUCCCUUUUUUUGUCUGCCCUUGUGCAUUAUUCCUGGAGCUGUCGUCUGCACUGACUGAAAUCUAUAAGCGUUGCUUAGCAGAGACUAGAGUUUGACAGAAGCAUUAAAGGUCCUGCUUUCAGCUGGAAUCUGAUAGCCAACAGUUGAAGAACUGUUUCCAAACAUCCUGUCAGCUAAGAGAUUAUACUGGGUAUCAUGAACAUCAAUGAUUUUGUAAUACUCCCAGGCUCAAAAACUGGAACCUCGGUGAGAUUAAAAGCAAAAACUGUCAGAGAAUUGCAGUUGGAGAAAGUGCAGUUAGAAACAGAAACCAAAGAGAUGGAGAAAAAAUUACGGCAACUACAGUCAAACAUGAGCAAAGAAAAAGAAGAGAGAAAGAAAUCAAGUGCUUAUCAUUGGAAAUCUGGACAGGCAGGACGAAUGACCAUCCAAGCCCGAGUUUUGUCACAAAGCAAAGAAAACAAUAAUAAGGUUUCUUCAGGAAAAGUGAAGUUGCAAAUACUUAAGGAACAAAUUCAAGAGCCAGUGAAAGAACCAUUUCAGCAUGAAAUGGUAAGUGCUGUAGCUCAUGAAAAAUCUGAAGUGAGGGGGACAGCAUGUGGACUGCGUGAAAUUAAGAGUGCGCUGCUGACAGAAGCCAAUACACAUGUUGGAAAAUUGGAAGCUGUUGAUCACUUCAUCAAGGAAGUAAAUCUGAAUGAAUGGAAAAUUAAUCAUGAGCAGAAGAAAGUAAAUAGCAAGCAUCAGGUCACAUCAGACAAGUUUUCAUCUCUGCUAGCGUCAGUAGGCAGCGCUGAGGAACUGUCCUCAGAAUCAACCUAUACAGGCCUUGAAAAUCAAGACAAAGGAUUAUUACUAAAUGGUACAUUUAAAAAGGAGGAAUCUGCAGAGUCUUUUCAGGAAGCUUUACUCCAAUGGAGAAAAGGUAAUCGUGAUCACAGAGAACAGCUGCGUGCCAGUGAGGUCCUAUCAGAAUCUAUGGGAAUUUGUGAGGUACAGACCAACCUUACUGUUAUGAAGGAACCUAUCCAAAUUGAAUUCAAGAAGGAUGGCCUGAGCUACAUGGAGAAACUCUUGCUUAAGAAAUACAGAAGAACUCCUGUUGAUCAAAUUUCUGGUAGUUGCAUUAAAGAUUUAAGGCCUGUGCAAACACUGAGUGUACAUCAGUCUGUGAUUGGAGGAGAAGGAGAUGACGAUGAUGUCAACGACUUAACAGUUGAAGAGGUGAAGAGAUAUUGGACAUCUGUUUUUAAAGAGGAAGUACCCAGCACUAUUUCUGAAAGUGCAGAGUCCUCUUUGAAAAUUGAGUUUCUUGAUGAUUCUUAUGGCAAGGACUUGGAAAAAUCAUCAGACUUUUUGGAGAUGGAGGCUGGGGCAAAGGGAAUAAAUAAGCAAGGAAAAACUGAACCACUCAAGCAGUGUGGAAGAAAUCCUGUUUCUUCUAAAGAAGUUUUUCAAGAAAAAAUGGUUGUCUGCAGUCAUCUUGAAAGAAGUGCAUUGCAAAAGGAGAGUGUUAAACUAAAGACUAUGAGAAGAUCACUUAGCUCCUGUAAACUACCUGAGAAGAUUUCUAACCCUACUGAACUAAUGAGCAACAAAUAUCUCCUUGAGACACAGCUGCAGAAAAACAAUGAAGAUUCACAGGAACUGGACAGCAUCUGCAAUAGUCAGACUUUGGUUUUGCCUGUAAUUACAAAGUCUUCAGUGUUGCAGGAUAUAGCCAAAAGACAGAAAUCUGUUUCUGCACGGUAUUGGGGACUUGAAGGUUUCUUUGUUGUAGGUACAAACCCUAAACAAGUAAUGCUUGAAGCACGUUCUUCACUGUGUGCAGACUCUAGCCCUAUGGAUAGUAAUAUCCUGUUUCCAGGAGAGGGAAAGUGGGUUACUGAAAGGAGCUUAAGUGAAUACGCUGAUGACUCUGUAGUUCAAGGUGUCUUAGAAAGUCAGCUACAUAGACCUUCAAGUGGUUUGGAGACUCAGAAUAGAAUUUCUCCCCUGAUGGUAGCAUGGAGGUUAUACCCAGGGAAUGACUCUAGAAGACCUUGGUCAACUAAUGUGCUACACUGUAAACCGACUGGAAAUUGUCCAACAAACACACAGCCAAGACCAAAGAGUUCACCUAUGCAUAUGUUUAGAAUUGAUACUGAGAUAUCAAAAUACAAGUGCCUUGACAGAACUAAACAAGAUGAGUUUCUUUGGGAAUAUAAUGCUGACCAAGAAGCCCUACUUGCUCUGGAAAAAGAAUUAUGUAGUCAUACAGGUCCUGAAAAACCUUACAGCUUAACUUCUGAAGAUGUAACUUCCUCCAGCAGUCACUCAGAGAAGAUAAGUAGAAAUACUACAGAUUUCCAUAAAAACCUGGAGCUAAAAGACCACAGCAGAGUUGGUACUUUCAGGGGCUGGGAUGAAAGCCAAAUGGAUGAUGAGGAAGAAAUUCUGGAGGAUAAGCAACAGGUUCUUGCAUUACAGUGAACAUGCAAAGAACUUAAUGUAAUUUCUAUCUUUGUGUAUCAUACAAAACCAAGAAGCAGACGAAGAGAUGUCUUAAGUGCUGCUCAAGAUAUUAUUUAUUAAGGAUUAUUUUGUAAAAUUGUCAAUAAAAAAAUCUUAAAAAUC